AUUGCCUUCUGCCAUCACAACCUUACCUUUCAGAUCUCAAGUUUUUCCUUUUCUUCAAACCUUUUUUAUUCCGUUUGUUAACUAAUUAACGAGAUGAUUAAUUCCAAGAAACUCCUGAAAUUGGCAAAGAAAUGGCAGAAACUCGCUGCUAUUCGCAGAAAACGCAUCACAUCACCUCAAACUACAGAUUCAGCUAGUGCUUGCAGCACUUCUUCAUCAAAAGCUCAAAAGGGUCAUUUCGUAGUUUAUUCUGCUGAUCAGAAACAUUUCCUGUUGCCUUUGGAGUAUCUUAGCAAUGAAAUAAUCCGAGAACUAUUCGACAUGGCAGAGGAGGAGUUUGGAUUGCCUAGCGGUGGACCUCUUACGUUACCAUGUGAUACAGAGCUUAUGGAAUAUGCAAUUUGUUUGAUUAAAAACAAGGCCACAAGAGAUGCAGAACAAGCAUUUUUGACUUCCAUAGCUAGCAGUUGCUUCUCAUCAUCAUUACAUCAAACAACAAUCCACCAAUUACCAAUUUGUAGCUUUUAAAUAGAUACAGUUAGAUUGUAGACAUAGAUAUAUACACAAGUGUACAUCAAUAUAUUUUUGAACGGACUCUCGGAUUUUUUGUUUA